UAUAACCCAAACACAUAUACACAAAUUGUUCAUAAACAGAAAAAGGAACUGAAGAUAGAAGAAAAGCAAAUUAUGAGCACAGCAAGAUUCAUCAAGUGUGUGACUGUCGGAGAUGGAGCAGUGGGGAAGACUUGUAUGCUCAUUUCAUAUACCAGCAACACUUUUCCUACGGAUUAUGUUCCGACAGUUUUCGACAAUUUCAGUGCAAAUGUGGUGGUCGAUGGAAGUACUGUCAACCUCGGCCUCUGGGAUACUGCCGGGCAGGAAGACUAUAACAGGCUAAGGCCUUUGAGUUACAGAGGGGCAGAUGUGUUUUUAUUGGCAUUUUCCCUAAUUAGCAAGGCCAGUUACGAGAAUAUUUACAAAAAGUGGCUUCCGGAGCUGAAACAUUUUGCACUUAGUAUUCCCAUUGUACUCGUCGGAACCAAAUUAGAUUUGAGGGAUGACAAGGAAUUCUUAAAAGAUCAUCCAGGAGCAGCUUCUAUAACAACUGUGCAGGGAGAAGAACUAAGGAAGAUGAUUGGAGCCGUUAGGUACUUAGAAUGCAGCUCCAAAACCCAACAGAAUGUGAAGGCAGUGUUUGAUACCGCGAUCAGGGUCGCUUUGAGGCCACCAAAGGCAAAGAAGAAGAUAAAGCCAUUAAAGACCAGGAGAUCAAGAACAUGCCUUCUUCUCUAA